AUGUCCGAUUUAACACUAGAAUCUCUACAAUGCUACAAUUCUGGAGUGGAAAAAGCAUGUGAUGCUGCUGAUUCGAAUGUGAAGUCGACGUACGCGAUUCUGGCAAAAGUGGAAGAAGUCAAUCAAUCGAUGGGAAGUGUGCAGAAGUUGGCUGGUCAGAUAAAGGAAAUGCGACGACUCGUGGAACUAUUCGAAACACUCUUCCAUGGAAGUUUGAAAAUUGAUUUCGCCUCGCUCUCUAAUCGAUGUCGUAUUGUUGUUAAAUCUGCAGUUCGUAAGAAUUCUUUUGAAUUAAGUGUUCGAUUCCAUAAAAUCCCGCAAGUAGAAAUAUGCGAGGAGGAAUGCUACGAUUUGGUGGAGCCUUAUUUGGAUAGAAGAUAUCAUCAUCUGGAUUCAGUUAUAACACUUCGGACAUACUUCCAAAGUUACGAGAUGGUAUCUGUCAUCUGGACACAAUUAUGGACUGAUUAUAUAUGUAGUAUUUUUAAUUGCAAAGUUCACUAUCUUCACAUUCAAUCUGAUGAAUGCAGUGGAGCCCUUCUCUCUAUUGUGGAAUGGUUAAAAAAUCGUCAAGAAUCAAUACCCGAAUUCUCUUUGACUGAUCCGAAUUCCAUUAGCGAGAAUCUUUCUUCAGUAUUCAGGAAUCUCGAUAUCACAAACUCUUUGUGUUUAUCUAUGUUUCAGAGUAAUUUGAUCAAUCCGGUUGAUUUCAAGUUCAAUAUGAAUUUUGUGUUUAUCGAAGGGCAUUUGCCUUCAGUCAAGUGGAUUACCAUAGAUAAUCUACUUGCUUCCAAUUGUAUGCAUUUCUGCCUCUAUUGUUCUCCAUUCACAGACGUUGACCUGAAUAGGUUUUUGAAGGAAUGGGUUAACGGGUCGAAUCCCAGAUUGAAUGCUUUAACAAUGUUCGUGAAAGAAAUAGAUAAUACCAUUUUAAUUGGGGAAUUGGAUGUUGAAGAGCGAGAUGGUUCUGUGGAACGAAUCUAUCAUCACAAGAAUGCAGAAAAAAGUUGUUGGUUUUCUCUACAAUGCUACAAUUCUGGAGUGGAAAAAGCAUGCGAUGCUGCCGAUUCGAAUGUGAAGUCGACGUACGCGAUGCUGGCAAAAGUGGAAGAAGUCAAUCAAUCGAUGGGAAAUGUGCAGAAGUUGGCUGGUCAGAUAAAGGAAAUGCGACGACUCGUGGAACUAUUCGAAACACUCUUCCAUGGAAGUUUGAAAGUUGACUUCGCGUUGAUUUCAAAACGGUGUCGUUAUGUUGUAAAGUCUGCAGUUCCUCGAGACUAUUUCAAAAUUAAUGUCUGUUUUUCCAACACAUCCCGCAUAUUUCUGCAAACAGAUAAAUAUCGUUACGAUUUGAUGAGACCGCCUUUGUAUGGAAUUGGCACUAAGCCAGAUCCAACUAUUAGACUUCGGAUGCGUUUCAUCAGAAACGAGUUGUCAUCAGCAAACUGGACAAAGAGAUGGGUUGAUAACGUAUCAUUUCUUUUUAACUGCAAAGUUCAUUCCCUUCAAAUCGAAUCUGGCGAAUGUAGCAAAUCUUUCUUGUCCAUUGUCGAAUGGUUACAAAACAAACAAAAGUCAAUCGAGAUGUUCUCUGUGAAAGGACCCGAGGUUGCCAGUCAAAAUCUUUCACUCAUAUUUGAACGACUCGAAAUCAAACAUAUGUUGUCUUUGAAUUUGAAUCAUAAAGCUGAAGUCAGACCGAGUCUUAUCAAAUUCAACAUGGAUAUCGUCGAACUGUAUGGAUCUCCUCUUUCAAUGAUGUGGAUCACUUUAGAGAGCAUUCUGUCAUCUAACUGCGUCUGUUUCAAUCUGGACAAUUCGAAUUUAACAGAUUUGAAUUUGAAUCGGUUCAUGAAAGAAUGGGUGAGGGGGUCGAAUCCUAGAUUAAAGUCGUUGCGGUUGAAAAUCAAAAAAGUAAAUCUGGAAAAUUUACUGGAUGAAUUGGAGUUAGAGGAACCGGAUGGAACUGUGGAUCGAGUUUUUAAUCUUCCGGGUAUCUUAGUGCGGCCGAUUGAUAUGACGAGUGGAACUGACAUCAACACUUUGGACGGAAGAUUGGGAACGUUCAAAGUAGAAGAUGAUGAAUUCUCUGAUGAAUUACAACUUUUCACAAUGGUUUUUUGGAGUUGA